UUCUUGUAUCUUUUGUUUAGAAUUUUUCAACAAAAAAAAAUUUUUAUUUCAUCGAAAAUCGGACGUAUAAAUUGAAUGUGAAAGUUAAAAAAAAAUCGACAGUUACAAUUUAUUGCUCCUAAUAGAAAGAGAGAAAAUGAAGACUGCGUUGUAUUUGACGACAUUUUGCAUUGGAUUUGGCACAAUUUUCGCACAAAUUAAUCCACUAAUGAAAGGAAUUAAUAUUGAUGAAAUUCUGCGAGACUUUGAUCGACGAAAUAAUAUAAUUUCUUGCUUUUUGGAUGAGACGGAAUGUGACGCAAUUACACAAAAUAUUAAAAUUUUGAUUCCCUCGGCGAUAAAGACAAAAUGUGAGAAAUGUCCAAUUCCAGUAAAAAUGUACGCUCUUAAAUUUAUUACAUAUUUACAAAAAAAUGAUUCGGAAAAUUGGAGCAAAUUUUUGGCGAAAUACGAUUCUUCUGGUGAAGAUAUUAAGAAUUUUUUGGAACAAGUGUCUAAAAUCAGAGUAAGAAACUGAAACAAUUCUUCAAAGAAAUUCGUUUCUUUUUAUUUAAAUUUUUUAAAUUUGCAUUCAAUAUUGAAAAUUGAAAAUAAAGGAAAAUUAUAGAAAUAAUUUAG